GAAUAAACGCAAUAAAAAAACUCUGAAGAGCUCCCAAGAGGCUCUGAACGAUUCUGAAGGAGAGGAAGAGAUCAAGCCACAAAUUUUAUGAAGAAUAUACGAAUAAUCCGUUAUUAUUUCGUCCAAUCUUGAUGAAAUAAGUCCAAAAUUGAAGAAUGUUCAAAGAUCUGAAGAACGAAGUUUGAAGAUUCGAAAAUCUGAAGAACAAGACUUUGAAGCUUCGAAGAUACGAAGAACGAAUCUUCGAAGAUUUGAAGAUAUUCAUAUGAAGAUUGAAUCAAGAUUCAAUUGAAGAUCAAAUCAUAUAUCCCGGGAGCGCUUAAACAAAAGAUCAAGCCAUAAAAUGGUCUUUUUGUUGAAGAUCAAGCUACUUGAAGACCAGAGGCCCGUCAAUCUGAAUUCUGCAUUCAAAAAGGUAUCCCGGUCUCCAAGAUGAACAUUAGAGGGUUCGCUGACCUGAAGAAGAAGAAGUCCUCAAAGGUCCCGAAGGGGACGGAUGCUGGCAUCCCUAAACCCGUCGGUGACUUCUUUAAGAUGCCCGAGGGGCCGUCGACGGUCCCAAGUGCUGACGCCGCCGCCGCUGCGAAGAGAAAGGCCGCGGGCAAGGCUCCCGAGGGCAAAAGGCAAAAAAAGGGAGAUGCCAGGAAGAAGGAUCCUCCCGUGGUCAUCGUAGAUGAGUGCCCCGCCUCCGGAACGCAUGUGGAGAUGCCGGUGGCGGAAGCUCCGAGGGGUGUCCGGGAGCCACCCUCCGAGGUUCUGAUGGUUUCUCUCCCGAUGGGAACGGCCGUGAUGAACUGCAUGGUGGACCCGAGGGUACUUCUGAAGGGCAUGACCCCCGAGAUUGACAGAGCCGCCCUCGGGGCUGAUGAUGACCUGGCCCUCGAGGACAAGAUCCUCCGGUCUUCCCUCACUGCUUGCAUUGCCCUCGGUGAACAGACCCGAAGGCUGGAGGAGUGGCGUCUGCACAAGGCUGAGUAGGACGCGAAGAUGCGGGAGCUCAUCUGCCAGAACUCUGAUGCCAUCCGACAGAUGGCUAUGCUGGAGGAGAGCCUUCGGCAGAUGAUGCUGCAGGCGGAGGCCGCAGACCGGGGCAAGGCCGAUGCUGAGAGGUCCGCAGCCGAAGCCUUCGAGAGAGCCACCAAGGAGGCCGAGGCCGCCAAGGCAGAUGCCGUCGCGAAGGCCCGAGAGGACACCGUCUCCGGAUUUUCUGCGGGAGGGUGGAAAGCCGGGGAGCACAAAUAGUGGUUGUCCUCGGUCGUGGAGUCCUCCGUCGAUGAAUGUUGUGACGGGCCUGGUAUGGAGUGGGUUUCCCGAAAGGGUAAACAGUACUACGAUGGGGGUGAGUUUUUUACUCAAGCCCUCAUCUACCGGAGGAUGGCCCGUCACUUGAAGAUCGAUCCAAAAGACUUCGACCCGGCGGCAUACGGCCUUCCUCCCCUGCAGCCCGAUGUCCGCGUUCCUCUUCCCCCGGAUGUCGAGAGGCCAGACUUGGAAGACACAGAGCUAAUGAAGGAGGCCGAAGGGGACGAAGCAGAGGCCGGCAUAGAUGUCACUUCAAAGCCUGUGGAAGAGACUGCCUCCGGGGCUGAUAAUAGUUGAUUUGUAGUUAGCUCAUUUUGAUCAAUUCUGUUGUAACGAAUACUUGUAUGCUCCCGGCCUCGUCCAUUUUGUACAACACACUUUAACUUCUCCUUCUUUUUGAUGAAUGAAUACCUGC